AUGUCAUCGACCCCGCCAAUCUUGUCGUCGUCAGACGCUCAGGCCGUCACAAGGACAAGAAAGACAUACGACCUAUCCGAGGAGGAGUGGUCUCUCCUCCAAGAGUCGGCCGCUGAGGCCAAGAGCACGGCUUACUGCCCCUAUAGUAAGUUUCGGGUCGGCGCCGCCGUCCUGGUCUCCCCUCGUGGCGAGCGUGGCGAGCGGAGCGAAGCGUCCAAGGAGGAGAAGAAGGGUGAGGACGACAUCAGGGUAGUGACGGGUGGCAAUGUCGAGAACGCAAGCUAUCCCGUCGGCACGUGCGCCGAAAGAGUCGCUCUCGCCAGGGCCCUGGCCGAGGGUCACCAUGUGCGCGGUUUCAAGGCCAUUGCCGUCUCGACGGAUAUCUCGCCUCCGGCUAGUCCCUGUGGAAUGUGUAGGCAAUUUAUUCGCGAGUUUCUACCCCUCGAUGCACCCGUCAUCAUGUUUGACAAGAAUGCAGACUAUGUCGUCAUGAGGCUCAAAGAGGUAAACUUCCCUCUCGUGCUCAACAUGUAA